AUGGGGGACGUGCAUAGCAGGAGAACUCCUCCAUUUCCUUCUCCAACCGAGACCGUCUCACCCGUCGCCAUCCCACCGCCUCAUAAUUUGCAUGUAUCGCGAUCACCCUCGACAUACCGACACUCCUACGAACCUGAAUAUGUGACUGGAAUCUCGUUAGAUGGGCUGCCCCGUGGCGUGGAUACAUCGCUGAAGGAGCCGGCCCAAAAACCUCAUUUCUCGCGUGGAGAUUCGGCUGAGCAGGUGGCGGGGUUGACACCGGCCACACAAGAUCAUCAGGUUGCAAGUGACCGGCCGGAAGACCAGGGCCGUUCAUCCCAAACUUUAAAGGAGCUGCGUAGACAAAUGGAGGAGCUGCUUGUUUAUCAACAGAUGCAGCAAAGUCAGAAUCAGCACUCUCCCUCGACACAAAUUGGACAACCUUCUCCACCUCCGAACGAAACCCCUCGAAAACGCCGUCUGUCAAACAAGUCCCCUGCAGAGAUACCGGUCACAAUAGUGCAACCUUCCUCUGGAUCCCAAGGUUCCGGGGGCACAAUAAUAGGCGUCGAUAACUCUCUUUCUGCCGAUCAAGUCGCGACUCAAACCCCAUCAUAUCCCUUCCCGCGUGAACAUAACCAGGCCAAACCAUCAAAAGCAGCCAUGGAAAAAACAGGACCCCAGGGCCAAUUUAGGUUGAAGUUUCCUGCUGACAGGCUCCGUGCCUCACCCGCAACCCAAGCACCGGAUGGAAUACCAACGUUGCCGAAGGUGCCAGGUCAACGGCCGAACUUUUUCCCACCACUUGAUGAUACUCCCGCCGAGGACGCAGAAGUCGCGACGCCCAACCUUUACGACCUCACUUUGAAAUUGAAUGCAGACCCGGGGCUUGAGGCAUGGUGGACAAACCUCAUUGAAAUCUUCCAGACGCACUAUGGAGCGGAACGUGUCACGCUGGCUAUCCCUGGGGAUGCGACGGACCUGGAGAAUGUACCAUGGGGACAAAAGGCAAUUUUCAAUGGACAUGUGGAGGCGGCCACGAACAAUGGCCAGAUCCCUUCCCACCAAGUUGACUCUGCCCCCGAAACUACGAGCUCCCGUACAAUGAAUAGUGAUGAAUUGGGGCAUAGACAAGAAAAGGACCCGGCUCCCAAGCCUAGGACCCCUGGGACUGCUCCACCGAUGGUUCGACCGGCUUUAGAAUCGCGUCAUUCUUUUGCCGGAUUCCCCCAGAGCAAGAAACACCGCGCAAUCGAGAUAGAUCGACAUCAGCAUCUGCCGAAGCCAAACGCAAUCAAGCGCGAGAAAAAGCACGCUCGGAUUUCCGAGCAGCCAGAUCUUGCUGGCAGUCACAUUGAUUCUAAGGAUUCACCAAGAAAUUCACUCGAUCCAAUUCGACAAGCUGUUUUCCCGAUCCCGAGACCACUAGAGAACGAGCCUGAUCCACUUAUCAAGCGCACCGGAGUUGUCAAACUUUUUGGUCGAAGCAAUCCUAUCGUUCUUACUCGUGAAUACACGGAAAAUGAACCUACGCGCGUUUCACAACCAUCAGACAGGGUCGCUCGGAGUCCAUUAGAAACCGUGCAGGUCACACCCGCCGCCGAAGGCCCUGGUGAACCCCAGCCUAUUGUUGGAAAGCAGAAGAGCCUCAUCGCUCCUAAUUUGCGAGAAUUCGACGAAUACGAGCAAAUACCACAAUCUCCAUGGUCUCAGUCGCCUGCACCAUCACCUGCCCCGCGAACACAUGCAGACUCCAAUCCUUUCUUUAGUAGCCAUUCGGUCGACGAAAUGGCCUUUGCAAAGGACCCUCCGGAGCACGACUAUUCCAAUAUACAGCCCCUGGAGGCCAUUGGAAUUGAUUACUCGAAGACGGUGGUCCACAUUCCUUUACUUCAUGGCGGCCAAUCCAAUCAUGGCUCUUCGUCAACUUUGAGAUUCCCCGUUGCCAUCGUGUCACUGCUGUCAACAAUAGUGCCUUAUCCAUCUAAUCUACGGCAAUCCCUGGUUCUCCUGAUGCCACACCUCACAACAUCGUUCUGCCUGGCUCAACAAUACAGUGGAACCUUUUCCGAUGCGAGCAGCGAGCUAGAACUCGUGGCGGGUCUCAGUGGUCAUGUCGGCUAUUCUGUCGGCGACGAGAGUUCCAUGUCUGCCGGAGCUAGUAUGACUAGUCCCAGCGAUCGCUCGUCAACGAAGUAUAGCCCUGUGGUCUCCAAUAUGGGGACGCCAGGCUUUGACCUUGGUCAGGUUGGAUUAUGUUCGAGCAAUCAGUCUCCGGCUUUGCGCUCUAGUGAUAUCUCAGAUGGUUAUUUCAACGUUCAAAAUCAGCAGUCCAAGGUACCACGCGACAAUAUCUCACAGCAACGUCACCGUCUCUCCAAGUCAACUGUCAAUACGGACUAUACAGAGAGAAUGACCGGGAAAGCUACCACGGGCGAAGAAAACAAUCCACAUGACCCCAACACCAAUGUCUCGCCUUUAACUGAAAUGCGGCCACCCUCGGCCUUUUCCCCGACCCAGCCGCCGUCUCGCCAGGCGUCGACGAAUUCCUUCUACACCCAGCUGCAGCGCGAUUUAACCCGACAAAUUCCUGACACCAUCGCCCAGCUAAUGCUCAACUCUGUUCCCCUUCAUCUUUUUCUAGCUAAGCCUCAAAGCGGUGAAAUGAUAUGGACAAAUACUAAAUUCGACGCAUACCGAAGAAGCAAACCGCAGGAACAGAAACUUCGAGAUCCAUGGCAAAAUAUCCAUAAUAGCGAAAGGGAUCAUGUGUCGAGUGAAUGGGCCAAUGCGUUGCGAACUGGAUCGCAAUUUACUGAAAGAGUACGCGUGCGAAGGUUCAAUGACGAAACCGCCUAUCGUUGGUUCAUCUUUCGGGCCAACCCGCUGUUAUCAGCAACGGGAGAGGUUUUGUACUGGAUUGGUUCUUUUCUUGACAUCCAUGAACAGCAUAUCUCUGAGCUCAAGGCCACCCAAGAAAGAGAAAAGUUCGCGACCGAUGCGAAAUACCGCGCAUUUUCGAAUUCGAUUCCACAGGUCGUUUUCGAGGCAACCGAGAAUCGCGGACUCAUCUUCGUUAACGAGCAAUGGAAUCUUUAUACCGGCCAAAGUCUAGCAGAGGCUCUUGAUCUUGGAUUUGCCAAGCAUGUUCACCCCGAUGAUCUCGAAAAAUGCGGUGGAAUCUCUUCCCAGACAACAUCAAGGCAUAAUGAUACGAACAAGUCUGCGCCUGCAGAUUCUGGCUUGGAAACCCAUGGUGUCUCAUCUGCCCUUGACGAGUUGGUGAAGCGUGGCGUGGCAUCCCUACAGAAGGAUGAAAACGGCCGUGUCUUUUACUCGACGGAGAUUCGUCUUCGAUCUCGGGGAGGGGAUUUCCGUUGGCAUCUAGUUCGUCUGGUAUGCGUCGAGACUAGCAGCUUUGGUAGCGAAGAGGCUUCUUGGUAUGGCACAUGCACCGACAUCAAUGACCGGAAGAACCUUGAGCGGGAACUCAACAAAGCAAUGAGCCAACUGAACAAUCAAAUGGAGUCCAAGACUAAGUUCUUCAGCAAUAUGUCCCACGAGAUUAGGACUCCCCUGAACGGAAUCUUGGGCACCAUUCCAUUCAUUCUCGACACCCAGCUUGACAGUGACCAAAGGCGAAUGCUCGAUACAAUCCAGAAUAGCUCCACUAAUCUCCGCGAACUUGUGGACAAUAUUUUAGAUGUAUCUCGCGUGGAGGCGGGUAAGAUGUCUAUGGUGAACUCUUGGUUCCAUGUCCGGUCCAUGAUCGAGGACGUAAUCGACACAAUCGCUUCCCGGGCAAUCGACAAAGGUCUCGAGAUAAACUAUCUAAUGGAAGCCGACGUCCCUGCCAUGAUGAUUGGUGAUCGAUUCCGUAUUCGUCAGGUCCUGAUCAAUCUCGUCGGCAACGCGGUCAAGUUCACUUCACAGGGCGAGGUCUAUAUUUGCUGCAGUCUCCAUCGCGACAAAUCUGUUAAUCUCAAAGAAACCGAGGCCCUUUUGAACUUCGAUGUCAUUGAUACUGGCAAAGGAUUUAGUUCGAAGGAUGCGGAGCGGCUGAUGCAGCGAUUCAGUCAGCUGGGAGAGAGUGGGUCACAACAGAAUGCCGGCAGUGGCUUAGGUUUAUUCCUCUCUAAACAGUUGGUUGAAAUGCAUGGCGGAAGCCUCACGCCGAGCAGUAAAGAAGGCCAAGGUGCGAGGUUCUCCUUCAAUGCCUCCACUGCUUCUAGGAGACCUGUGGGAUCCAGGACUACGUCGUACGAUCGAUCCUCUCUCCAAAUACCGAAGAGCUUCGAACCCAAGCUUCAGGACCCCACAGCUCUAUCACCAGAUCCCGAUUCGCCGAUACCCCAGUCGCCCAUCGAUAGCAGUGGGCUGGGCCCUCCUUCUGCUAUGUCCUCAGCACUUCAGACUCCGGAUGUCUCAACUGCACACAUGCCACAUCAAUUCGGCCAAGAACACAAACCAAAAGCAAGCACGGCGAAUUCUCCCCCGCUAGGUAUUUCCGACGCACCUGCACGUCAAACUCCGUCGCCUUCUCAAGGUGCCUCGUUUCCCGGCUCGCUACCUGCGAGCUCUCCAGGAGUUCCCUCGCAAGGUCCUUUCUCUGUCGUCAUCUUGUGUCCGCUCGACAAUACCCGGAAAGCCACCCAGCAGCACAUCGAGAAGGUCGUUCCGCAUGAGAUUCAAUUCACCAUUACUACAUUCUCUGAUGUGGAUGAGUUGAAGGACAUAACGCAAAGUCAAGAUGCGAAGUGCACCCAUCUGGUUUUGAAUUUGCCCGCGACCGACGACAUCUUGGAAGUAAUCCAGCACGUCUCAGAAAUUGAUGCAAACACAGCACCCGUGGUAGUCAUUAUUUCUGACUUGUACCAGAAGCGUCAAAUCAGUACUCGCGUCAAAGAAUUGGCAGCUACUGGCAAACAGGUGUUUAUCGUGCCGAAGCCUGUUAAGCCUUCUGCUUUCUCCACCAUAUUUGACCCUGAUAGCAAGCGCGAACUGAGCAAAGAUCGCAACCAAGACAUGGCGCGAGAGAUCAACAAUAACUUCAAGACCGUGUCGAAGAUGGUUAAGGAAGUCCUUGGUAACAAAGGUUACCGCAUCCUGCUUGUCGAAGACGACGAGACCAAUCGUGAUGUGAUGCUGAAGUAUCUUGACAAGAUCAAGCUCAUGUCGGAAACGGCUUCCAACGGCCAGGAAUGUACAGACAUGGUCCUUUCCAAAGAACCAGGCUACUACUCUCUUAUAAUUUGUGACAUCCAAAUGCCGAUCAAGAACGGCUACGAUACCUGUCGAGAAAUUCGGGAAUGGGAGCAGAAGAACCAUUAUCCCCAGAUCCCGAUCAUGGCCUUGUCAGCCAACGCGAUGACCGAUCAGAUCGAGAAUGCCGCACAAGCGGGCUUCAACGACUAUGUCACCAAGCCCAUCAAGCACAAUGAGCUUGGCAAGAUGAUGAUGGGCCUUCUCGAUACCAACAAACCGUUAUUGCUUCUUCGCGACCGCCUCCACCCAGGGAGUGACAAAACUGCAUCUGCCCGGCGUUGA